CUAAUUAUACAUUGGAUGGUUGUGGCCGUAGUGGUGAUUGUGGUGGUUGUGAUGGUUGGUGUUGGUUGUCAUAGUGGUGGUGGAGGUGGUGGUAGUGGUGGUUUUGGCAGUGACGGUGGCAUUGCUGGUGGUUGUGAUGGUGUUUUGGCGUUGCUGUUGAUGGUAGUGGUACUCGUGGUGAUGGUUGUGAUGAUGCUAGUGAUUGUGGCUGGGAUGCGCCCCAAAAACAUCAAAAAGGAACGGUACACGAGGGAUCAAUGCGUUCCGGCAGGCGAACUAUCGCAAACCGAGUUCAAGGGGUUUGACAGUCGAGACGAGUCUCCCCCGUGGUACUGUGCUUCUACCGAUCACAGAUAG